AUGGAACAGAGCUUUUAGUCAUCUUUUUAUGGUUCACUAAAUUUUAGUUAAUAAAUGCUAUAUUAAAUAAAAUAAAUGAUUGGCAGAUAAAUCUUUCGUGCAUUUUCAUCAACCACAGCUCCAUAUGUGUGGGUCAAUAAGCAUACCAAAGUGAUAUGCUAAGGUAUCACUGGUAAUUAGGGCACAUUCUAAACUGAAUAAGCAUUGAACUACUUUACAAAAAUGGUUGGUGGAGUUUCACCUAAGAAGGCUGGAAGUACACACCUUGGCUUGCCUGUUUUCAAGGAUUGCAAAGAAGCCAAAUCAGCCACAGGAUGUGAUGCAUCUGUAAUCUAUGUGCCUCCUCCCACAGCUGCUUCAGCCAUUAUUGAAGCCAUCGAGGCAUAAAUUGGCUUAGUGGUUGUCAUCACUGAUGGAAUUCCUUAACAUGAUAUGAUUAAAGUUAAGCAUGCUCUAAGAUCCUAAUCAGUAACACGUGUUAUCGGACCAAAUUGCCCAGGAAUUAUCAAGCCAAAUGAAUGUAAAAUUGGUAUCAUGCCAGGAUACAUUCAUCAAAAUGGAAAAAUUGGUAUUGUCUCUAGAUCUGGUACUCUUACAUAUGAGGCUGUCGAUCAAACUACAAGAGCUGGUUUAGGACAAUCAACAGUCGUUGGUAUUGGUGGAGACCCUUUCAAUGGAACUAACUUUAUUGAUGUUUUGGAGAGAUUCAUGGUUGAUCCAGAAACAGAAGGUAUUGUUAUGAUCGGAGAAAUCGGUGGAGAGAAUGAGGAAAUGGCUGCUGAUUGGAUUAAGAAAAAUAAUCCUAAAAAUAAACCAGUUGUUGGAUUUAUUGCUGGUAUCACAGCACCACCUGAAAGAAGAAUGGGACAUGCAGGAGCUAUUGUGUCAAAGGGCAAGGGAAGUGCACCUGAAAAGAUUAGAGCACUUGAAUAAGCAGGUAUCAGAGUUGUGAAAUCACCUGCUUAAAUUGGCAAAACCAUGUUGGAAGUCAUGAAGGAAAAGGGAUUAGCAUGAGUUUAUCAUCUAAUUUUUAAGUAAUAUUUUUAUUUAUGAAUAAUUAAAUAA